AUGAUGAUGAAGGUCCCAAAGGCCGGACGACCGCUUGCUAGAUGCCCUCAUCCGAAGGGAACUUGCAGCUGCCAGAAACUAUAUGCGUUCAUGAUCCGCAUCCCCAAAGUGUACCAAGUGCCUGCUGAUGCGGCGGAAUCUGCUUCAACCACCCCGAUUCCUGCUCCUCCGAUGCCGAUUGCUGCUCCCAAUAAAAUCCAGAAACCCAUCAAACGACAAGUCAAGACGGCCCCAGAGAAUCUUACCAAAGCCUUGAACUCCAUACCAGAAUUCGGAAACCAGCAAUUGGAACAUGGAAAAUUGGGCCGACCAUCGCCUUAUACGGCUCAGGAACAACGUUUGAGCAGUUCAUAUGAUAUCAUCAAGCAAGAACCAACUCCCUCGCACAAGGCCUUCGAGCGCGCUAGCGAAGAUAAGGCGCCGCAGGGCGGCAGCUGUUGCUCUCGCAAGCCCCAGCCCUCACAGACUAUAACUCCGGAGGUUCAAGCUCCCGCGGUUCAACGUUCCUGUUGUAGCAAGUCCAAGCCGGCGGCUCAAGACGUCGAGAUGGAAGGCAGCAUUCUUAACAGUUCUGAUUACUUCCACCCUCCAGUCUUUGACAGCGAUAACGCAAGAUACACCCCGAAUUCUAUUCCUCAAGUUUCGACAUGGCAGGAUUUCCAAGCAGCGAAGCAGAGCCAGUACAUGCAGCCUUUUGCAUUGCCCGUAUCCGAGUCCGGUUAUCUUCCCAUGGCCGGACCUGCCGCAGAUAUUCGUCCUAAGCCACUAGACUUUCAGCAUCCGCCUGCUUUCAACAACUAUGAUCUCUUCAGCAACCAGACUUCUCAGCAACCGUCGGAGAAUACGCAGAAUGUCGUUGCAGAUCCAGAAAGUACUGCUAGCGAUGACGCCCAUGACUGUAGCUGUGGCGAUGGUUGUCAAUGUCUGGGCUGCGCGUCUCACCCGUUCAACAACACUACACGACAGCAUGUCCAACAAAUGGGCCUCCUGGUGGCCCUGAAUGAUGAUGAGCAAAGCCCCGAAAGGCUGAACAGUCAUAGAGGCUCCCCUCUGCAAAGUCAACCACCAGACUUCUCAUCAUUACAAUAUUCCCUCACAAACUUCGGAAAUCCUCUGGGUGAAGGCUUUCACCCUGUUGCAAUGCACCCAUAUGCCCAACAGGGUACGGAUCCAAGUCACGUAAAUAAUGGCUAUUCUUCUCCACCUGCGGAUUAUCUAGGACAGCAGCUCAUGGUGCCGUCAGAGUACUAUACUCUCGAGUACCCAGUGGGGCUGCCUAGUGCUUGCGUCGAUACAACUGGAAGUUGCCAGUGCGGGAAUGACUGUACCUGUGUUGGCUGUCUCACCCACAGCGGACACAAUGGACUGCCUCUUGAGCCCGCCAUGCCCGAGAGCAACUGGGACCACAUGAAUCUUCCAGGUUUCUCCAUGGACGCCGCUGGGCACAGCCCGUCGCAGAUGCCCGUGAUGGAUAACUUUGUCGCUCAUUCGAACUCUAUGCUGUAG